GAUGAAGAAGGCACUGGUUGAGGAGGGCAGUCGGUCUGUUUUGCUGUCGCGGCAGCACAGGUUUAAUGAGCGCUGCUGCAUCCGCUGCUGCUCUCUGUUCACCUUUCUGCUCAACCCUAAACGUUCCUGCCUGGACUGUUGCUACAACGUCUGCAAGGGCUGCUGCACCUACAGUAAGAAGGACAAAGGCUGGCUGUGCUCCGCCUGCCAGAAGACCAGGCUACUGAAGACCGAGUCACUGGAAUGGUUCUACAAUAAUGUGAGAAGGCGUUUUAAAAGGUUUGGCAGUGCCAAAGUGUUAAAGAACCUCUACAGGAGGCAUGCGGCCGAGCGUGGAGUGCUAGCAGAGCUUACAGCAACAGAGGGCAGCACUUAUGAGGAGAGCGGCUGCAAUGAGAAUAGUAUGUAUGAGAGCGACUCCACAUUCUGCAGGCAAAGUGAAGAGCACAGCAUGGCUGAGACUAUUAAUGUGGCACGGCGGGUGGCAGAAGAGGCCAUAGAUGAGGCCAUUGCUAAGGCUGAGAGCCAGACUGACAGUCAAGAGAAGCAGAACGAAGCUCAUUAUUUGCGAGGGAACAGAAAAGAGCUGAUAGAGGAAUUAGCCAAAACUAUAGUACAGAAAAUUGUCCACCGGAAAAGGGAUCUGUCUCAGUCUGAGAUGAAGUCUGGAUGUAAUCUGGACCAGAACAGUGAGGGAAUCUGUCCUGAUCAAACCCAGAGUGCCUUUGAUGCUUCUCUUUGGAGGUCUCGCUCAGCUUUCUGUCUCUUGACUGAUGAGAAAACAGACCAGCAUGCUAACAUUGGGUCAAGACUUUCAUCCUCUACAAGUCAUACUCUGGAAAUGAAGAAAGAAGAGCCAAUGCCUGUCCAGGCCAUGCCUAGCUGGAGGAGUGUCGACCGAUUGGACAAUUCCAUGUUACAGAGUCCUGAUGGUAACUGGAUUGCUUAUCAGAGCAACCUGCUCUCUCGACCACGCCUUUUAACUAAGCGCAAAAGUCUGGUCUACAGCGUCUUGGAAAGAGAGUCUGGCAUGGUGUCAGCUUACGAUGAGAUGGGCUCAGAAACAGAGCCUGAAGCUAAUGGGGUCUGGGGUGCUGCACUGGAAGAGCUUCGGCGUAAAAUGUUUGCCAAUAAGCAGUUGAGUUACCCAGAGUCCUACAGCCGUCAAGCAACCUUGCCUUUGAACGCACAAGCACAACAUCUCACUGCACACACCUUGAAUGCUGACACUGAGGACUCCGCAGGACAAGAUGGGCCACUACACCAGUCCCAGAAAACUCUGCUGCCCUUCUUGAAAAGAAAAGUGCCACUAGAACACAGGCGACCCUCAACCACCCGGCGCCCAAACAUCAUGGAUAAAAAUUUAAAUCCAGGAGGUGCUGAAAGCAGCGAGGAUGGCCUAGAGGAAAGCAGGGUCAAGAGGUCACGGCGAAGAAGGAAAAAUAAGAGAGAGGAGGCAGAGUGGAAAGGACAGUUGGUAUUGUCUUCGGAUGUCCCGGAUUCCAGUAGCCAUCUCUCAGAUGCUCUGGUGAAGAGACGCUAUGUGAAACAAGACUCAGACUUGCAUGGAAAAAGACCAUGUGAUCAUUAUCUGGAAGCAGACACUUCAGACACUGCUACUCCUGACAUCUUGAGCUCUGGAGCCAUGACCCCUGAUCCAUUUGGACUUGGUCUCAAUGCUCCCAGCAAUUCCAAUCAUGGGGCCCUUGGCGUAGUUGGAUCUUUAGAUCAGGAGUUGACUACCAAACUGAAAGAACUGACCAGUCAAGUCAGAGAAACACAACUUUCUUCCACUGAGGAUGAACUGGACAGGUUGGAGUAUCAAAUGGGGAAUAAAGAAAGUGAAACAAAAGAAAAAGUGGGAGAUGCUGCAUUGACGAUUGAGGGUGAUUCAAAAGAAAGAUCAGAUGGAAUUGAAUCCACAAAUCAAGUGAGAUCAACUGAGAUGUUGAAAGAAGAUGAUCUGACUUCCAAACUGAGAGAGUUGACCAGUCAGGUCAGUGAGACGCUACUCUCUUCCACUGAAGAUCAACUGGACAGGUGUGAGUAUCAAACUGAAACCAAGGGUAUAAAUCAGUCAAUAAGAACUGAGGUGCUGGGGGUAGAUGACAGGACAGAUGGAAACAAAGUGAUACAAUAUGACAAGAAAACCCAAAACUAUGUAGAGAUGGUUGAAAAAGCAGAAGAAGGAAGAUCAGAGAAAAGGCAAAAGGACACUGUGGCAAAGCAGGGCGUUAGUGAGCAAAAUGACACGGGUGAGACCCAAAUGUCAGAAGAAAUUAGCUCUGUGAGCCAAAAACAGACACUUGAUGAGCCAGAUGCACAAAAUGAGAUAGUUAGAGAGAGAACUGAAGAGACAAAGAACAAGGGAGAAGUUCAGACUGAAGAGAAAAAUGCAGAAAUAAAAGAUAGUGGAAGCGCAGUUAAAGGUCAGCAGAGCAGAGCUGAGAAUACAGAGACGGUUGAUCACAUUGAGGAGCAGGAGGUGUUAUCCUGUGAACUGGCUUUGAGUAGAUUGAUAAGUGAAGAUGGAAAGAUGGAAUUUGAUAGGAUCAUCAAUACUGUAGUGAAGGCUUUGGAUGAUAUGGAAGAACACAUAGAAGCUUACACUAGUGAGGGGGUAUUUUUAGACAGAGAGAGAAGUGAGGGAGAGAAACAUGAGAUGAUGGAAGAGGAUGAGAAUAUAACUGAACAGGAAACGGAUGACAACACAAUAUCUAAGGGAUGCUUUGUUGGUGGAAAAUCGAAGGUGGUGCAGGAAAAAGAAAUGAAGGAAGAGGGCAAGAUCAAUGAAGUUGUGGCACUAAAGAGCAACACUGAAGAUACUGAGGAGACAGAAGACAAACAAUGCAGCAAAUCAUCAGAAGAGAGAGUUCAAGAGAAGGACGGCAAUAGUCAAGGUGACUUGACUGAAAACAGGGAGGAACAGAGGGACCCCACAAUUCAACACAGCGCCCCAUCUGGUCAGGAGGAGUAUUUGUUACCGGAGGAGAUCUACAAGGAUGCACACAUGCUGGACAUAGAGAAAAACCUACAUUUAAUCUCCAAUAUACUACAGCAGAAGUACUCGGCAGCAUCACUGCGCAGCAUCACCACAGAGGUGCUAAAAGUACUGAACGCUACUGAGGAUCUGAUUCACGGAUCUAUGGGAAAUGGACGAUGCCAGUCAGACCACAGUGACGUCUCGAUCAUUCCCCCUGACGAGGCCAGAAGACUGGACGAGCAGCUCGGCAGACUGGAGGAAAAUGUGUAUGUAGCGGCAGGGACAGUGUAUGGGCUUGAGGCUGAACUGCGGGAUCUGGAGGAGUGUGCGCGCUGCAUCAGUGGAUCCACCACUGAAGGAGAGCUCGCUCAUCUGGAGGACCAGGUGGCCUCUGCAGCAGCCCAGGUGCAGCAGUCUGAGCUCCAGGUUUUAGACAUUUCCUCAAGAAUUGCUGCUCUGAAAAAUGCAGGUCUUAAUGUAACUCCACAGACCCAAUUUACCAAGACACAAACCAUUGGCUCAUCUCGGAAACUGAGGAGGCGACUGCCAGCACCUCCAAAACAAGAUAAAGAAGCAUAAAGAGGAUAGUGGGAUACAUCAGCAAGCAUCAUCACAAAGUUAAAUAACUACAAACUUAAAAAGGCCACUGAUCACAUGUGCCUUGAAGCUCAUGGCUCAUAGAUAAGAUUUUAUGGACUCAAGCUCUGGCAGACAGAUUCAAAUAAACUGAUGUAUCGCUCAUGCAUUGAUGCCAUUUUACACAAACAAAUAACUCUUGCUUUAUUGCUUUAUUACCUCUCUCCCUUCAUAAUAAAUAAUAAACUAAAAUAAUGUCAAAUUAUACUAUGAUGUGGAGCUUUGUUUUGGCAUAUUUGACCAUUACUGUGAAUCAAGCUCAUCAUUAAAUUUAGCUUUUAAU